GUUGAAGUGACGAUCACAACACCCCGCGAUUCGGCUUAAGUAAUCAGACCCAGAUAUCCUAUUCAUGUUGUUAUACUGAUACUUAUCAAUCAUGUUGGAUACAAUAGUGUUACUGCUACUCUUGGCAUUGGUUAUUCUGAUUACAUGGGUGACUAUUCAGCACUACCAGCCACCUUGUAAGAAUUUUCCACCCGGACCGUGGGGGAUACCAUUCAUUGGCAGUUUCGUAUAUUUCAGUAAGCCCAUAUAUAAAAAUAUGUGGGAGCUAUCCAAACAGUAUGGCAGUGUUUACAGCUUGAAGAUUGGACACGACUUCCGAGUUCUUGUAUCUGGAUCAGAUGCAAUAAAAGAAUGUCUGGUGAAAAAAGGAAAUGACUAUGCAGACAGACCUCCUCUGUGGGUAUUUCAACUGAGCAACCCACGUGCACUUGGUAUUGCCAAUGCUUGCUUUGAAGAGGCAUUUCAACGACGGAGACGUUUCUAUCAUACAACAUUACGGGGACUUGGAUUCGGUAAGACCAGCAUGGAAAGUAAAAUAACAGAAGAAAUUACGGUUUUGCUGAACCAUUUCAAGGAGAUUGUGGAUACACCUUUAGAUAUUAAAGACAUAAUAUACAGGAGUGUAUCAAACAUAAUUUGUUCCAUCACAUUUGGCAAGAGGUUCGAAUAUACAGAUCCAGAAUUCAUUUACAUGAUCGACACAAUGCACAAAUGGUUUGAGUUGAUUCAGAAGAUAUUCAGAUUAAAUGCGAUAUCCUUCCUAAGACCAUUUUACCGAAAUGAAAUUAAUCACUGCGCUAAUGUUGGAAAGGAUUUGCAUAGAUUCUGUCAACAGCAGAUAGAUGACCAUCAUGCAACAUUCAACGAAGACAAUAUCCGCGAUUUCAUAGAUGCGUACUUGGAUGAAGCACGAUCACAGCAGAGCAUCGGUGGCUUCUCCGAUGAAGACCUACAAUCUGUUUUAGUUGAUCUUUUUGUUGCUGGAACUGACACCACGGCGACCACUCUCAACUGGGCUUUGUUACUUAUGAUUCUCCAUCCUUCAAUCCAAGAAAAGGUGUUCAAUGAAAUACAUGAGAGUAUUGGGGUAAAUAGACUUCCAAAACUUGAUGAUCGUAAACACCUGCCAUACACUGAAGCUACUCUGUUAGAAGUACAGCGAUUUGCUAGUAUUGCACCAUUUGCAUUAGCUCAUUCGGCGUUAAAAGAUAGUACUCUGUGUGGGUAUGAUAUUCCUAAAGGAACGAUUGUCAUUUUAAAUCUUUGGUCUGUCCAUCACGAUCCAAAGUUGUGGCCGGAACCAGAUAAGUUUGAUCCAAAUAGAUUCUAUGAUGCGAGUACAGAGACGGUGCAAAAACAUGACAGUUUCAUGCCCUUUUCAGCUGGGACUAAGGAACCAAGCACAGAAGGCGUACACUCAUUUACUCUCAGUCCAACACCAUACAAGAUUGUCAUCACACCACGAACUGCUUAG